AUGUCCAUCAGCCAAAGCAGCAAGAACACGCCCCAAGUCCAACUCCAGAGUAUGGGCAGUCACCGCAUAGGCAACGCUGGGCAAGGUUUCCGCAAGCACAGGAAUCGUUGUAGCUCCACGUGCGGCUCAGUGUGCGGCUACUACGUGCCGUGGAUGAACGACCUGGACGUGCGCGUGUACAUGGUGGUGAUGCUGCCGGUGUUCCUGGGCCUGGUGCUGGUACGACAGCUGAAGCACAUGGUGCCGGUGUCGCUGGCGGCCGACGCGGCCCUGCUGGUGAGCAUCGUCGUCAUCCUCUACUACACGCUCUCAGGCGUGCCAAGUAUUAACGAGCGCGCCCUCGUGCUACAGUUCUCGCAGUUACCACUCUUCUUCAGCACCGUCAUCUUUGCCAAGGCGGGCAUCUAUGCUAUGAUGCCUGUGGAGAACAGCAUGAAGAACCCACACCACUUUCUAGGCUGUUCAGGCGUGCUCAACACUGCUAUGUCCAAUGUUGUCAGCCUGUACAUCGUCACUGGCUUCUGCAGUUACAUGAAGUACGGAGAAGCUACUGAAGGCAACGUAACACUCAAUCUGUCUAGCGACGAGCUGUAA